UAACACAACUCUGUUCAACGAGGAAGCUUCAUUUGUUGAGAGUGCAAAGAAGAAGCUUUUCUUUUAGAUAAUUAAUUGUUUACAAACAAUCAAUAAGUUAUUUAUAAGAGGCAGAUACGGCUACCAUUCGAGUUUGCAAGCGUAGCAUUGGUAUAAUGAGCAUACCGCUGAAGCACUUCAAGCAAGGUACGGCAAAGCCGGAAUUGCCCGAGGAUGGUGUCUUGCGCUUCUACCUCAUGCGCUUCUGUCCGUACUCGGAGCGCGGCUCAUUGGUGCUGGCCGCCAAGCAGAUACCCCAUCACAAAAUCUACAUUGAUCUGAGCGAGAAACCCGAUUGGUAUACCGACUACAGUCCACUGGGCAAGGUGCCGGCCAUUCAACUGACCACCGUCGAGGGCCAGCCGGCUCUGGUGGAAUCGCUCGUCAUCGCCGAGUAUCUGGAUGAGCAGUAUCCAGGUCGGCAGCUGUAUCCCGCAGAUCCCCUACAAAAGGCCCUGGAUAAGAUACUUAUUGAGCGUUUAGCUCCAGCUGUCAGCGCUGUUUAUCCAUUGCUAUUCACCAAAGAUCCACCAGCGGAUGCUUUAUCCAAAUUUGAGCAGGCCUUGGAUGUCUUUGAGCAGGAGAUUGGAAAACGGGGCACACCCUUUUUUGGUGGCGAGCAAAUUGGCAUGGUGGAUUACAUGAUCUGGCCCUGGUUUGAGCGCUUUCCCGCUCUAAAACUGGUGUUGCCCGAGAAAUAUGAGCUGGACAAAGAUCGCUAUGCGAAAUUGUUGGAGUGGAUCGAGCUGGUGGCUCAGGAUGAGGCCAUUAAGCAAACGGCAUUGGCCAGCGAAAUGCAUGCUAAAUUCAUAGCCACUCGCCAGGAGGGAACACCCAACUAUGACGUGGCCUUUGAAGAGUUGUAAAUGGCGUAGAUUCCAGUUACUGCAGUUGAGAAUCUUGCUGGAAUUAUGCAGAGUUGUACUUAAAUAAAUCUCAAAUGAAAACCCAAAGAAAGAGCUCAGAUUUUUGUAAAUGAAAACAGUUUUGUUCUUCAAGAUAUAACCCAAAAAGUCAGCUAAUAUCUUUCUUUUAUGUUUAAUGAUUAAAUAUAAGUCACUUUAUUUAUGUCGUAGUAAUAUAUUAAAAUAAAUGGAAUACCCCUA